AGCACCAGCAGUGUAGUCUGAGCCAGUUGCAGCAGAACUUCAAACCAAGUCGCGGCCGUUCCGAGGAAGCAGCUCACUCAGUGCGGUCACACUUUAACCAGAACCGAACCGGAAACCUCAGCGGGCCAACAUGCCGGCCACAGAGAAGGACCUGGCGGAAGACGCCCCGUGGAAGAAGAUCCAGCAGAACACCUUCACCCGCUGGAUCAACGAGCACCUGAAGUGCGUCAACAAGCGGAUCGGGGACCUGCAGUUGGACCUGGGAGACGGCCUGCGGCUCAUCGCCCUGCUGGAGGUCCUGAGUCAGAAGAAAAUGUACAGAAAGUACCACUCCAGGCCCAACUUCAGGCAGAUGAAGCUUGAGAACGUCUCGGUGGCGCUGGAGUUCCUGGAGAAGGAGAACAUCAAGCUGGUCUCCAUCGACUCUAAAGCUAUAGUAGAUGGGAACCUGAAGCUGAUCCUGGGAUUGAUCUGGACCCUGAUCCUGCACUACUCCAUCUCCAUGCCGGUCUGGGAGGGCGAGGACCAAGAGGCAGAGUCAAAGACACCUAAACAGCGUCUGCUUGGCUGGAUUCAACACAAAGUCCCCGAUCUGCCAAUCACCAAUUUCAGCCAAGACUGGAGGGACGGGAAAGCACUGGGAGCUCUGGUGGACAGCUGUGCUCCAGGUCUGUGUCCAGACUGGGAAACCUGGGACUCGGUCAGACCGGUGGACAACGCUUCUGAAGCCAUGCAGCUGGCCGACGACUGGCUGGGCAUCCCUCAGGUGAUUGCUCCAGAGGAGAUCAUCGACCCCAGUGUUGAUGAGCAGUCUGUGAUGACCUACCUGUCUCAGUUCCCCAAAGCCAAAUUAAAGCCUGGAGCUCCACUCAAACCCAAGCUCAACCCUAAGAAGGCCCGUGCAUACGGACCAGGUAUCGAGCCCACAGGGAACAGAGUUCUGCGUCCUGCUGUGUUCACGGUGGACACCUUCAGUGCGGGUCAGGGCCAGGUCAUGGUCUACCUGGACCAUCCAGACGGCACUCGAGAGGAGCUGAAGGUGGAGCCCAACGAGGGCAAGAAGACGUACAGCGUCACCUACAUUCCUCAGGUCAUGGGAGCUCAUAAGGUCACAGUGCUGUUUGCGGGGCAGCAGAUUCCCAAAAGUCCAUUUGAGGUGAACGUGGACAAGGCACUGGGAGACGCCUCCAAAGUGACGGUCAAAGGUCCGGGAAUCGAACCUGUGGGUAACAUCGCCAACAAACCCACCUACUUUGACAUCUACACAGCAGGAGCAGGAAAGGGAGAUGUGACAGCCAUGAUCCGAGACCCACAGGGUCGCCAGAACAGCGUUGAGGUCAUGAUGGAGGACAAGGGUGAUGGCACUUUCCGCUGCACCUACAACCCCCUUCAGGCUGGACCACACACCAUCACCUUGACCUUUGGAGGAGUAGGUGUCCCCAAGAGCCCUUUUGGUGUGGACAUCGGCCCUGGUGAGAGCUCUUCCUUCUUUACCGCUGCUUGUUCAAAGGUUUUUAUAAAAACUGAUGCCAUUGAACAUGGUCUAUCAGCCUGCAUGCCAGGAGCCUGCAGGGCGACGGGUCGGGGUCUGCAGCCUACGGGCAUGAGAGUGAAGCAGGUUGGGGACUUGAAGGUGGAUACGAGGAACGCCGGCAGUGGAGAACUAAAGGUCCUCAUCAAAGAUCCCAGAGGCAUGGAGGAGCCUGUGAAGCAGGCCUCUAGUCAGGACGGUGUGUUCUCCUACGAGUAUUAUCCCAAAAGUCCUGGCAAGUACACCGUCUCCAUCACCUGGGGGGGUCAGCACAUCCCAAAGAGUCCCUUUGAUGUGGCAGUCAGUCCAGAGGCGGGGCCUCAGCAGAUCAGGGCCUGGGGUCCAGGUUUGGAGGGGGGCAUCGUUGGUAAACCUGCAACCUUUGUAGUUGAGUCCAUCGGCACCGAUGUAGGAGUUCUCGGUUUCGCCAUCGAAGGUCCUUCCCAGGCUAAAAUUGAGUGCGAGGACAAAAACGACGGGUCUUGUGAUGUUCGUUACUGGCCAACAGAGGCGGGCGAAUAUGCCGUCCAUGUGACCUGUGAUGAGGAGGACAUCGAACACAGCCCCUUCAUGGCUCACAUUAUCCCUGACAACCACACCAGUCACCCAGAGAAGGUUCAGGCUUACGGGCCUGGGCUCGAGGCAAGCGGCUGCCAGGUUGACCAACUGGCUGAGUUCACAGUGGAGUCUAAAGGAGCUGGGAAAGGUCCUCUGAAGAUCACAGCUCAGGAUGCAGAGGGGCUUCCUGUGGAGGUGAAGGUGAAGAGUAAAGGAGAGGGAUUGUACCAGUGCUCCUACACGCCCAGCUCGUCUCUGAAGCACACAGUGUCCAUCACCUGGGGAGGAGUCAGCAUCCCCAACAGCCCCUUCAGGGUGAACGUCGGGAAGGGAAGUCACCCCAACAAGGUGAAGGUGCUUGGUCCCGGAGUGGAACGAAACGGACUGAAGGCCAACGAGCCAACCCACUUCACAGUGGACUGCUCAGGAGCUGGAGAUGGGGACGUCAGUGUAGGCAUCAAGUGGGAUUCCAACUCAGCGGGCGAACAGGAAGCUGACGUGGACUUUGACAUUAUCCCCAAUGCCAAUGACACAUUCACAGUCAAGUACGUCCCUCCUGCUGCAGGCAGGCUGACGGUUAAAGUCCUUUUCACUGAUCAGGAAGUCCCUCAGAGUCCGUUCAUGGUGAAAGUUGAGCCGUCCCAUGACGCAUCGAAGGUCAAGGCCAAAGGUCCAGGACUUGCUCCAAGCGGUGUGGAGAGCGGGAAGCCCACCCAUUUCACGGUGAUGACCAAAGGAGCGGGUAAAGCUCCGCUGGACGUUACCUUCUCCUCCUCAGUCAAAGACUUUGACAUCAUUGACAACUACGACUACUCUCACACCGUCAAGUACACGCCUGUGCAGCAGGGGGAGAUGACCAUCGUGGUGACGUUUGGAGGUGACCCCAUUUCCAGCAGCCCCUUCACGGUUGGUGUUGCCGCCCCGCUGAACCUCAGCAAGAUCUCUGUGGACGGCCUUGAUAGCAGGGUGGAGGUGGAUGAAGAGCAGCAGUUCAUGGUGGACACAAAGGGUGCAGGAGGUCAGGGUCAGCUGGAGGUGGAGGUGCUGGGUCCAAGUCAGCAGGCAGUUCCUUACAAAGCAGAGCCUCAGCCUGGAAAAGCAGAUGCCACUUUGGUCCGCUACACCCCCACAGAGGAGGGGGUCUAUGCUGUCAACGUGACCUACGACGGGCACCCUGUGCCGGGGAGCCCCUUCUCUGUGGAGGCCCAGCUGCCUCCAGACCCCAGUAAGGUGAAGGCGUUUGGACCCGGUCUGAAGGGAGGGCUGGUCGGGGACCCAGCAGAGUUCACCAUCGACACCAAGGGGGCCGGAACCGGAGGUCUGGGCCUGACCGUGGAGGGGCCGACUGAGGCGAAGAUCGAAUGUUCUGAUAACGGCGACAGUACCUGCUCUGUCUCCUACCUGCCCACCGAGCCCGGAGACUACUUGGUCAACAUCCUGUUUGAAAAUGUUCACAUCCCCGGCUCGCCGUUCAGAGCCGACAUCCAGAUGCCCUUUGACCCCUCCAAGGUGCUGGCCUCGGGGUCUGGGCUGAAGAAGGCGAAGGUUGGAGAGAUCAGUGUUUUGAAUGUGGACUGUUCUCGAGCCGGGCCGGGCCAGCUUAGUCUUGAAGCUGUGCCGGAUGCCUCCCCGAGCAGCCCAGGAGAUUCUGGUUCAGGUGUGAAGGCAAAGACGGAGGUUGUGGACAACAAGGACGGGACAUACACGGUGACCUACAUCCCCCUGACCUCCGGCAUGUACACCCUGAUGCUGAAGUACGGCGGCAAAGCCGUCCCGGGUUUCCCAGCCAAGGUGAUGGUGGACCCUGCUGUGGACACGUCCAAAGUCAAGGUGUUUGGACCUGGGGUUGAAGGAAAAGCCGUUUUUAGGGAAGCCACCACAGAUUUCACAGUGGACGCCCGUCCUCUGAGCCGGCGAGGGGGGGACCAUGUGAAGGCUGAGGUCAAGAACCCGUCUGGAGCUCUGACGGAGUGCGUGGUCACCGACAGAGCGGAUGGGACCUACGGCGUGGGGUACACCCCCUUUGAGAAUGGUGUCCACAGCGUCAAUGUUCUCUACGAUGACACGCCGGUUCCCCAGAGCCCCUUCAGAGUGUCCGUUACUGAGGGGUGUGACUCCAGCAGGGUGGUGGCCACCGGCCCAGGACUUCAUCAGGCCCUGACAGACCAGACCAACACCUUCAACAUCAUCACAAGAGGGGCAGGAAUCGGUGGCCUCGGCAUCACUGUGGAGGGUCCGUCUGAGUCCAAGAUGUCGUGCAAAGACAACAAAGACGGCAGCUGCAGCGUGGAGUACGUUCCCUACACACCAGGCCUCUAUGAUGUCAACAUCACCUACGGAGGAGAGCAUGUCCCAGGAAGUCCAUUUAAGGUCCCAGUGAAAGGCGUGGUGGACUCCAGCAAGGUCAAGGUCUCUGGUCCAGGCGUGGCAUCGGGAGUCAGGGCAAACAUCCCACAAUCCUUUACUGUGGACUGCAGUAAGGCAGGCGAGGCCCCUCUGGCGGUGGCCGUCAACGGCCCUAAAGGACUGGCUGAACCAGUGGAGGUGACGGACAAUGGGGACGGGACCCACAGCGUGUCUUACACUCCGUCCAUGGAAGGACCGUACUCCGUCUCCAUUAAAUACGCUGACGAGGACAUUCCCCGCAGCCCCUUUAAGUUCAGAGUGCUGCCCAGUCACGAUGCCAGUAAAGUUCGAGCCAGUGGACCCGGGCUCACCAGCGGCGUCCCCGCCAGCUUUCCAGUCCAGUUUAACAUUGACGCCCGAGAUGCCGGUCAGGGCCAGCUAAGCGUGAUCAUCACAGACCAGGAUGGCAAACCCAAGCAGCCAAAUAUCCAUGACAACGGUGACGGUACAUACACGGUAUCCUACAUCCCUGACCGGACGGGGCGCUACACCAUCGUCAUUAAGUACGGUGGAGACGACAUCCCUGCGUCGCCCUACAGAGUCCGCGCCUCGGCGUCCGGAGAUGCGAGCAAGUGCAUGGUUACCGGUCCCGGGGUGGGCCCCACCGUGGCCAUUGGCGAGGAGCUCGGCCUGGUGGUCAACGCAAAGGGUGCUGGGAAAGGAAAGGUGAGCUGUAUGGUGGUUCAGCCCGACGGCAGAGAAGUGGAAGCUGAGGUUCUGGAGAACGAGGACGGCACCUUUGAUAUUUACUACACUGCCCCGGCCCCUGGGAACUACGCCAUCUACGUCCGAUUUGGAGGAGAGAACAUCCCCUGCAGUCCCUUCAAAGUUAUGGCUACUGAUGAAGUCCCUAUCAGGGAACAGCAGAUGGCGAAACAGAGACACGCUGGUCCCCCUAGAGCUGGCUUCCAGCCAUGGGUGACAUCAGAAAACUACCAGCCAGUCAGCAGCAACCUGAAUGGCAGCGGCUUCAGACCAUUUGACAUGAUCAUACCGUUCUCCUUCAGGACAGGAGAAAUCACUGGGGAGGUGUUGAUGCCUUCAGGACAAUCUGCCCAGCCUGUGAUCACAGACAACAUGAAUGGGACGGUGACUGUUCAGUACUCGCCCACUCAGGCCGGCCUGCACGAGAUGCACAUCAAGUACAAUGGCACACAUAUCCCAGAGUCGCCUCUUCAGUUCUUUGUCAACGACACCAGCAGUCCCAAUGUCACGGCCUACGGUCCUGGACUGAGCUACGGCACCGCCAACAAGGUGGCAAUGUUCACCGUUUUCACAGACGAUGCCUCUGAAGGAGGUCUGGACCUAGCUAUUGAGGGUCCGUCCAAAGCGGAGAUUAGCUGCGUGGAUAACAAAGACGGAACAUGCAGCGUCAGCUACCUUCCCACGCUGCCCGGAGAUUACAACAUCCUGGUUAAAUACAACGAUGAUCACAUCGAGGGCAGCCCAUUUACUGCAAGGAUCACCGAGGACAACCAGCGCCGCUCGCAGGUCAAACUGGGCUCAGCAGCAGAUUUCUGUCUGGACAUCAAUGAGAGCGACCUGAGUGUGCUGACCGCCAGCAUCAGAUCGCCUUCAGGACAGGAUGAGCCCUGCCUGCUAAAGAGGAUGGCAAACAACCACAUUGGCAUCUCCUUCAUCCCUCGGGAGGUGGGUGAGCACCAGGUCAGCAUACUGAAGAAUGGCCACCAUAUCGCCAACAGCCCCAUCACCAUCAUGGUGGUCCAGUCUGAGAUCGGAGACGCCGGACGAGUCAAAGUUCACGGAGACGGUCUGGUGGAGGCCAGCACCUUCACCAACGCUGACUUUGUAGUCGACACACGGGAGGCGGGUUAUGGUGGUCUGGCUCUGUCCAUUGAAGGUCCUAGCAAGGUGGACAUUCAGACAAAGGACAUGGAGGAUGGGACGUGUGGAGUCACCUACUGCCCCACUGAACCUGGAAACUAUAUUGUGUCCAUCCGCUUUGCAGAGGAACACGUUCCAGGAAGUCCGUUCACAGUGAGGGUGACCGGUGAAGGUCGGAUCCGGGAGAGCAUCACCCGGCGUCAGAAGGCGGCAUCUGUUGUCAGCGUCGGCGGUGUGUGUGACCUCAACCUGAAGAUACCCGCCCUGGACACACAGGACAUCACCGCUGAGGUCACCUCACCGUCCGGAACCAGUCAGCCCACUGAGCUGGUUUCCAUGGGCAACGACACCUACUGCGUGCGGUUUGUGCCCACACAGAUGGGCGUGCACAACGUUGACGUAAAGUACAGGGGUGUGCACGUACCAGGCAGUCCUUUCCAGUUCACCGUUGGACCACUAGGAGAGGGCGGAGCCAGCAAAGUGCAAGCCGGGGGUAAAGGCCUGGAAGGAGCUGUGGCUGGAGAGCCAGCGGAGUUCAGCAUCUGGACGAGGGAGGCCGGAGCCGGUGGUCUGUCCAUCUCCAUGGAGGGACCCAGCAGGGCAGAGAUCUCCUUCGAUGACCGCAAAGAUGGAUCCUGCGGCAUCUCCUACGUAGCUCAGGAGCCUGGUGAUUAUGAGAUCUCGGUGAAGUUUAAUGAGCAGCACAUCCCUGACAGCCCCUACCUGGUUCCUGUUGUGGCUCCGGUGAACGAUGCCCGACGGCUCACUGUUGCCGGCCUUCAGGAGUCCGGUCUAAAGGUCAAUCACCCAGCAUCCUUUGCGGUGCGUCUGAAUGGAGCACAGGGCAAGUUGGAGGCCAAAGUCCACAGUCCUUCUGGAGCUCUGGAGAAGUGUGCGGUCACGGAGCUGGAGAAAGAUAAAUACGCCAUCCGCUUCAUCCCCAGGGAGAACGGCGUCCAUACCAUUGAUGUUAAGUUUAACGGCUCUCACAUUCCGGAAAGUCCUUUCCAGGUCCGUGUUGGAGAACCAGGACAAAUUGGAGAAGCUGGUCUAGUCUCAGCUUAUGGAUCUGGUUUGGAGAGAGGCACCACAGGAACCCAGUCAGAGUUCAUCAUUAACAACACUAAAGCUGGUCCUGGAGCUUUAACAGUGACCAUUGAGGGUCCCUCCAAAGUGAAGAUGGACUGUCAGGAGAUCCCAGAGGGUUACAAAGUUCACUACACUCCCAUGGCCCCGGGCAGCUAUGUGAUCAGCAUUAAAUAUGGAGGACCCAACCACAUCACUGGGAGUCCCUUUAAGGCUCGAGUCACAGGUGCUCGGCUGGUGAAUGCGACCAACUCCGAGACGUCAACCCUAAUGCUGGAUCCAACUGUACGAUCGUCCAACAGCGGCUUCCUUCAGAGCGGCCUGCCCAGGCCGGGAGACUCUGAUGCCAGCAAGGUGCUGAGCCGAGGAUCCGGACUCAGCAAGGCCUUCGUGAGCCAGAGAAGCAACUUCUCUGUGGACUGCAGCAAAGCUGGUAAGAACAUGCUCCUGGUGGGCGUGUAUGGCCCUCAGGUCCCCUGUGAGGAGGUUCUAGUCAAACAUCUGGGAAACCUGCAGUACAACGUCAGCUACGUGCUGAAGGAACAGGGCAACUACAUCCUGGUGGUGAAGUGGGGCGAUGACCACAUCCCUGGGUCUCCAUUCAACGUCACCGUCCCAUGAUGCACCUCAGAGCUGAGCUGGAGAGGAAACAUUGCUGCACUACAUAAAACUGUCAAAUGAAAACCCUGCUGAACAAAAAUGAACUCAGUUUAUUUCUAUCAAAGUUGAGGAGUUUGUGUCUAUAUGGUUAUUUCUGCCACAAUUGAACUGAUCUCAAUGUAAAAACAAGAAUAAAACAUUCAACACAC